CAUCCAAAUUGCAUAAUUGGAAAAGUUUAUAAUCAGAAGAGCUAAUGUACAGAAAAUAAAACAAUAAACUAGCAGAAAAAUGUGCAUCACUUAAAAUAUUGAGUGCUCAGAAAUUGUCAAAAAAAAAAAAAAAUCGGAAGAAAUUGCACUUCACCUAAAAAACGCAAUAAUGGAUAUGACAAAAGACAUUAUUGACUAUACACAAAAGCAUACAGAAACGGCAGAACGCCUAAUCGCCAGUUAUCAAUCGCCUGUGCCCGAGAUCAGUGAGAGUGAAGGGAACGCACGCGCAUGCGCCACAGCCUCCCCGUUUCACGUUGGUAGCAAUAAAGUUGACGCCAAAGUAGCCAUUUCACCAACAACUACACCAAUAGUACAUAACGAGAUGGCGAGUCCUGCGACAGCGGCACAACAGCUAGAGCAGCAACAAUCGACAACAAUUGUAACGUCAGAAGCAGACACUAUGGAACAGCGACCGGCACAGGAGUUUGAGAGUGUUGCAGCUGCUGAUACAGCAACCGACAAAAGCGCAGUCGCUCCACCAUCAAAGACUGUGGGAGCUUUAGUAAGUGGCGAUAUAACGCCGCCACCACGUCCUUUCACCACGAGCGAAGUGGUGGGCUUGAGUUCGGCACUUGACGAUGAUCCUGAUUUGCGUGUUGACGUACAAAUGCCAAAGUCACGCUCGCUGCCCACUUCUCCCGAUCAUCAUCGACACAGCUUAGACUCGGCGUCCGCGGAGCUAUUGACACGCAUGAAUGCUGCGCUCUUUGAAUUUGAGCAGCGCCGGGGUUUGGACUCAUCCAUGCAUAUGCCCAUAACAGCAGCCAUGUCGGCACCAAUGCGUUUAUCGAAAUUGUCGAAGUCGACAGCACCAACAUCACUAACGGCACGCAAAUCGGUUUCUCCUAUUGGGUUGAAGUCGAAAAAGCAAUUGGCCGCAGCAGCUGCAAUGGCAACUAAUACGCAACAACAGCAAUUCUGUUUGCGUUGGAACAACUAUCAAACAAAUUUGACGAAUGUCUUCGACGAGCUGUUACAAAAUGAAUCGUUCGUUGAUGUGACGCUUGCUUGUGAGGGUCAAUCGAUCAAGGCGCACAAAAUGGUGUUAUCCGCUUGCUCGCCUUACUUCCAGGCACUAUUCUACGAUAAUCCUUGCCAACAUCCGAUCAUCAUUAUGCGCGAUGUGCGAUGGGAAGAGCUGAAGGCCAUAAUGGAGUUCAUGUAUAAGGGUGAGAUAAAUGUGAGUCAAGAGCAAAUAAAUCCGUUGCUAAAAGUUGCCGAAAUGUUAAAGAUACGCGGUCUAGCGGAGGUGAGUGCCGGUGGUGGACAUGGCAUGGCCGCACCACAUCCCAUGAUGCCCGAACAGCGCAUGACUAUUUUUGACGAUGACGAGGAAGCCGAGAGCGAUGAGGAUACAGAAAGUGCCGAGGAUGGCGGUCAGAAGCCAAAACGCGCGCGCAUGCUCGAUACUGCAAUGGUCGAUAUGAAUUUGAAUGCACAGCGUCAGCGCAAACGUUCAAGAGAUGGCCUCUUCACCGAAACCAACAACAUUGCCCGUUUUGGCGGUUCAACAUCAAUAACUUCGAAUACCAACCUAGAAGGUCGCACCUCCAACUCGGCUGUCAAUGCCGCCGAUGGAGCAAUUGAUACUGAUGCUGAUGCUAUGCCACAACCGCCACCCGUUGCCAUGACCACUUCGACCAUUGUACGUAAUCCAUUCGCUUCGCCAAACCCCAACAACAGUAACUCAACAGCAGCUAGUGCCAAUCAGAAUAAUUCACAGUCCGCCACCAUAACACUCUCAACAGUACCGACUGCCGGUACUUCUACACCUACGCUAGCUAGUUCCACACCGAACACACCGACCACACCAAUAUCGCACGCCAUUGGCCAUUCGUAUCGCCCUUCAGGCCGUAGUAGCUCACCAUCAUUGACAUCUGCUAAUAGCCUCAAAGGUGCAAUGUCUUCACCGGCGGCAGUAGCAGCCAAUGCUAGCGGUAUUUCCUUGAAUGUACAUUCCCAUCCGGUUGCCGCGGCCGCUGCAGCUGCUGCUCUCAGCGUUAAUCCACACCACUCACACCAUCAUCAUCAACACGCUGCAGCCGCCGCCCAGCAGUUAGCCGCCCAACAUCAAUUGCAUGCAGCGGCACAGUCACAUGCGGCUAUGGCUUCCGCACUUGGUGCGUCGUUGGCUGCUGGAGCAGCUGGAGCUGGUGGUGCAAGUGCAGCGGGCACGGGUGCAGGUAGUGCGUCAAAUUUGAGUUCAACGGUGGGACAUCAUGAGGAAAUGGAGAUUAAACCUGAAAUUGCUGAGAUGAUACGCGAGGAAGAAAGGCAAUCCAAAAAUGUUGGGACCUGUUGUUUUCUAACUUCAUGGGAGGAUUCCUGCUUUUAUAGGGAAGAACAUGACCCAACAAGCAUGGCAGUUAUAAGCGGCUAA